UCAUGGGACUCUUAUCUAUGAUCAGAAAUGGGUCAGAAGAAGAUGAAGAAGAGGUAAGAGGGAUGAGAGAAUAUGCUCGAAUAGGUAUUUUUAGUAGUAAAUGUGGUUAACAAGCGAUUGUGGUCUUUGUUUGGUGUAAUUAAAAGUGAAAAUCAAUACGAAAUAAACUUACGUAAACUACAUUCGUAAUUGACGUGGUUUAAUAACUGUAAUAUUGCAAAAGUUAUUUAACAAGUGACUGCGUACCGUGCGGGCAAAUUACUGCCACGUGUAAAUAUUGUUUGUGUUAUUGACUUAUCAUCCUGGAGCUACCACAGGAUAUGCCAUGAAAAUAAAUGAAAGGAUCUAUUAUCUAUGCCUAGAAUUUAUGUCAUGCUUGUAUAUAUAAUAGCGGCGGGAACAAAUAUAGUAAUUAAAUUUAAUUACAAACGGUGAAUAAGUUUCUUUCAUAAUGAGUUUAUGGGCGGAUAAAUAUAGACCUAAAGACCUUCAGAAGUUGGACUAUCAUAAGGAACAAGCAGCUAAUUUGUCAAAGUUAACCCAAGAGGGUGAUUUUCCCCAUUUACUUUUUUAUGGUCCCUGUGGCUCAGGUAAGAAAACAAGAAUGAUGUGCUUAUUAAAAGAAAUGUAUGGCCCAGGGGUAGAACGACUUAAAGUGGAAAAUAUGAAUUUUACGACACCUUCAAACAAGAAACUAGAAGUUACAACUGUUAGUAGCAGUUAUCACAUAGAAGUAAACCCUUCGGAUGUGGGAAUUUAUGAUCGUGUUAUAAUAAUGAAUUUAAUUAAAAAUGUAGCUCAAACUCAGCAGUUAGACAUAAAUGGGCAAAGAGCAUUUAAAGUCAUUGUUCUAACAAAUGUUGAUGAACUAACUAAAGAUGCUCAGCAUGCUUUAAGAAGGACAAUGGAGAAGUACAUUUCAACAUGCAGAUUGCUUUUGUGCGGCACUUCUAUUUCACGUAUUAUACCAGCCAUUCGCAGUCGUUGCUUAUGCAUAAGAGUUGCUGCUCCAAGUAUUGAACAAAUAUCCACAAUUUUACAAACCAUAUGUAAAAAAGAAGGUCUCACUUUACCUCUAGAGUUGGCGGAUAGGAUUGCAAUUAAAUCCAACAGAAAUCUCAGAAGAGCACUUCUUAUGUGUGAAGCUUGCAAAGUAGAAAGUUAUCCUUUUACCCCUGAUCAAGAAAUUGAAGAACCAGAUUGGCAGAUAUUUAUUAAACAUAUUGCAAACAAAGCUAUUAAAGAACAAAGUAUUUCAACAUUAGCAGAAAUUAGAGAGCGCUUCUAUGAAUUAAUUAUACAUGGUAUUCCCAGUGAUAUUAUUUUUAAGACUUUGUUAAAGGAGUUGUUAAAAAUUUCUGAUCCAGAAAUUCAUCCACAGAUUGUUGAAAGUGCUGCAUUUUAUGAGCAUCGUUUACAAACUGGCUCUAAAGAUAUUUUUCAUUUGGAAGCAUUCAUGGCAAAGUUCAUGUGCAUUUAUAGCCAAUUUCUGGGAGAAUUUGUAGAUAUUUGUUAAGCUUUGCUUUUUCUUUUGGUGUAAUGAAUCUCUUUAUGAAA